CAGUUUCGCUGCGCCCGUAGCAGGGGAGAGAUAUAGCGAGGUGUCUAUACAGGCACACGGUGUGCGCAGCCGCCACACCUGUGCGCGCGCGCGCGAGAGAGAGCGAGUGAUAUAUAUAUAUAUAUAUCUACCUAUAGGUGCACACGAUAUAGCCGAUUCGAAAUUCGAAAUAAUACGACGAGAAAGAGAGAGAGAGAGAGAGAGAGUGAUAUGCAGGAGCGUCGGCGUCGUUCACGGGAACGCCUCGUUAUCUCGCUGCAGCCUUUGUUCGUCCGGGCUGCUGCGUGCGACAUGGUCGUGAGCUCUUCUCCAUGACCUACACUCCUCUCCAGCACGUACGCACUCCGGGGUAUACGUCCUUUCGACUCUGCUACGCGUACUUACGUCCUAUCCUGUAUCCAGUUUCGCGAGUUGAGUUUUUGCGCGGAGCUGCAGCCCAUAAGUGCGAGUGGUAGUAGUAGUAGUAGUCGCGCGAACGUGUCAUUUUUCCCUGACUCACUCGAGAGAGCAGCAGCAACGCGAGUGAACAGUAGCAAGGAUGAAGCAGCAGCAGCAGCAGCAGCAGCAGUGAGUGAGCGACUCGACGCAAGCGGGAGAGAGAGAGAGAGAGAGAGAAGAGAACGAGAGGGAGAGAGAGCUGCGUGCAGCAGCAGGAGCAGCUUGGCGCGGAGAGCAGAGUAGCAUGUGUUGAGGAAUGACCAUGUUCGGGAGCAUAGUGCAGCGAUUGACUUCACCGGUGACAUCGCCGAUGAGCUCGAGGAGCCGGCGCUUCAAGUCUCCCUCGCGCUGGGAAGUGCAAAGCGAGCCGGAGGACGAGGGACAUCAGCCGAGCGCUGGCGGCGGUGGCGGCAUUCCGGCGAGAAAGUCCAGGGCCAAGCACCUGCUCGACAAGCGUAAAAGCAAGAGCAGGGCUCGAGGCUUGCAUUUUCUCUCCGCCGUCGGCGAGCCGCAGCAGCAACUCGGCGGCAGCGGCGGCUCAUGGCCGGACGCGGCCUUUCCACCGCUGAGGGGAACCAAAAGUCUCGGCAGACUCGACGGCAUCAAGGAGGUCCAGAGGCUCGCCGACUACGAGAGAUACCUGGGACAGGAGCCGCGUGAACAUGGAAACGCCAGCUUCGCCGGGCGGGUGCAGCUCGAGGGCGAUCUGCACCGGAUUCAGGAGCUCUUUCCCAACGACAAUCUGCGGCUCCACGAGCAGCACGUUCUCACCACGAAAGCCAAGAACGUGCUCCGGAAGAGGAACAACUCGGGCCCCGGCAACGGCAACUCCAGCAGACAGCAGCCCAGACCCUCGGCUCCGAAAGCGGCCAGCAGAGCUUUCCUCCUCGAGACCCCGGUCCAGUUCACGACGGGAAUGCAGUCCCAGGAGAGGCACCUCUUCCUCUUCUCCGACCUGCUGCUCGUGGCCAAGCCGCGAAACGGCGGCGGCACCUUCAAGCUCAAACAGUCCGUGAGAAUAAGCGAGCUGUGGCUCACGGCCAACCACAUCGACGAGGUCGCCGAGACGAACAAGUCGCCGGAGACGAGCUUCGUCCUCGGCUGGCCGACGAGCAACGUCGUCGUGAGCUUCAUGACUGCGGCGGCCCGAGAUCUCUGGUGGGGCAGGCUCAGCGAGCUCGUACGCCAAGAGAGCCUCAAGGAGCCAGCGGAGACGAGUAUCCAGAUAGUCUACAACGACAGCGAGAGCAACGUGGAAUACUGCAAGAAGGUGUCGGUGAGCGCCGAGACGACGGCGGCAGCCUGCGUGAAUCUGUCGAGGAGGUUGCUGGACCUGCAACUCCAGCCUGGCCCGCUUCAGCUCUGGGCGAGGACGUGCCUGGAGGAGGCCCCCUACCCGCUCAUCGGCCACGAGAGGCCCUUCGCCAUCAAGCUCUCGAACCUCAGGCACAAGCUCUCCCUCGAGGAAGGCUUCGACCUCGAGCACUGCAACAAGAGUGGCCAUGACACGUGCCACUUUAUCCUCAGGCCUACCCACAAGUCGCCGAGGACAGCGGCCGCCGCUGCCACGGCCACCGCCAAAAAGAACAAGUCCAGCAAGAUUAGCGGAUUGCUGCGCAGGUCGCUCUCUCUCAGCCCGAGCGUAUUCGGCGUCAAUCUCUCGAGGCUCGACGAGAACGGACUGCCCAAACCGGUCCUGGUCAUGCUGCAGCAGCUCUUCGCCAAGGGUCCUUUCACCCAAGGCAUUUUCCGCAAGUCCGCCAACGUGAGAAUCGUCCGGGAGCUUCGAGACCAGAUCGAGUCCAGCGCCCCCGACACCAGCUGUCUAGAAGAUGCUCCCAUUAUCGCCGUGGCUGCUCUGCUCAAGGACUUUUUCAGGUCGUUGCCUGAUCCGCUUCUGACCUCGCACCUCUUCCCGCUCUGGAUGGCUAGUCUCGACUCGGCCAAUCCCAUACAGACCAUCAAAAGUAUUCUAGAGCGGCUUCCAAAAGCCAACUACAACUUACUAUCGCACCUAGUCUGCGUGCUUCAUCAUAUCGCUAGGCGAUCGAAGCACAACCUAAUGUGCGCUAGCAAUCUUGGCGUGUGCUGCGGCCCGAGCUUACUUUGGUCUCCGAAUCCUUCAGUCAAUCAAAGCCGAGCGAUUCCGGCCCUCACGGAAACGCUUAUUCGUCACUGCGAGACUCUGUUCGGCGAAGGCGUCGUUCAUCUUUUUGGCGAAGAGCGCAGCGACAGCGGAGCUGAAGAGAGCACCGACAGUCUUCACUCAGGCAGACUUUCCCUAGAUAGUCUAGACAUGACCGAGCCUCCCCGCAAAGAUCACAUGUCUCUAUCCAGGGACUCGGGCCUUACUCUAUCAGAUUGUCAACUUUUCGUUCCCGAAUCCCCAGUCAGUUCUGAAGAUUCUACGGUCAACACUUCAUCGAGCACUUUCGAUAAAUCCAUAACGAAAGACGAAAAGUCGAACCACACCAAGACAUACAUUCGCCUCUACAACCAUCAGUGGGAAGAGAGAUGCACUUCCGGUAACCUCUUGCAAAACGCACUAGAACAUGUCUAUCCAAAUCCUAAUUUCCAACGGCAAGACUGGAUAAGGGCUCAGCUGAAACGAACUCCCAGAACAAAGCUUGACGAACACGAGCCGCAGCAAUCUCCUCAACACCAGCAGCACCAACAGCAGCAACAUCAUCAACAGCGGCAACAACUGCAACCAAAAGAACAGUUCACUAGCAAAAAAGUUUAUUUGCGAGAAUGUCAUCGGCAAGAUAUACUGCGGGAGCCGCAAAUGGAAAAUCGCAAAGAGGCAAUAUACAUAUCUUCGAAGAUCAAUGUACCUAAAGAUCACGUUUUGUCGCAAUCGGAUGAUACAAGUCGCGUGCACAAAACUGAACAGCGCCCCAGUGAUUUGAAUCUGUCUCUUGACAAAGGUGACUUUAAAAAAGAGUGCUUUAACAGCGGAUUCAAGAAAGUCAAGUCGGAGCAGUAUGUGAAUCGUGUUUCGCCUAUUAUACAAAACCGAAACUAUCAUUCGACGGAAUUGAACAAAGUCCGAAGCGAAAUAUUCUUAAACAGGCAAAGCCCAAGCGAGUGCUACGAGUUCGACAAAUCCGAAAACAACAUUUACGGUAAUCGAGAAACCGUCAACAGUAUCUUCAGUUCCCGAGAUAAGAACGAUAUCUAUCAGUUCAAACAAGCGGAAACGAUAGAUGUUUACGACGACGAAGAAGAAGAAGGCAGGGAUGAGGAAGAUGAGGAGGAAACAGAAGAUGGACUGGAGGAAGAUUUGGAUGACGAGGAAGAAGAAGACCGGGAUUCUAACGAUAGAACUUGGUCGAGUACGCCGCCGCCGCCUCCACUUCCGCCACGAUUAAGGCACUUGCCGCCUGUGCACAUGAACCUGGAGGAUAGGCACAAACUAGCAGGUCGGUCAAGAUCGCUACCGCCACCGCCUCCCUAUCGACCCCCUCCUCAGCCUCGCGCAAGUAUUGUCAAUUCAAGGCAUUUGGGUUACGCAAGGUCUAUUCUCGAUGACGAGAGCUAUGUCUGACAAGUCAACUUGGACAAGAGCUGUCAAUUAAAACGAUACAAGAGAGAGAUAGAGACUAAAAAUAUAAAAAGCCUACUACGCACAGCCUGCUUAUUUUUAACUGACCCAUGUUAUACCUAGUCGCAAGUCAAUAGGCUCGUAAGGCAAAAAAGGCAUUAAAAUACGACGUCAACUUGGACUAUAUUACAAGAGUUUUUUUGCGCCUUUUGUUUUCUUUAAUAUCUUUUUCUAGCGUUAAUAUAUAAUAUAUAUCAUAUUCUUUAAAAAAUGCCCUAGUUUAAUAACAAGAUUUUUACAAACAAGUUGAAUCAUUACUAUGAAAUGUUGUGUGUGUUACUUUAAUUGUAAAAGACGUACGUAUAGACCCUCUAUUUUUUAAUGAUGAAGUUUUUAUGACUAAGCAAGAUACACAGUGAUCAGAGUGCUUCCAUUGUCUUGAAACAAUAACUUUCUCGAAAUCGCUAUAAAAAUACCGACAAAAGAGAUAAAUUCUCUUCCGAUUUGUUGACUCACACACUUUUACUUCCUUCACUUUUCUUACUCAUAGAUAUCACAUGUAAGGCAUAUAAGGUGUAUGCCAUUGUAUAAAAAAGCGUGUAUAUUAUAAGAUUGACAAGCAUCAAACAAGACAGUGUCUAGAGAGAUGAUUUAUUGCUCUCGAUUAGUUUAGUUUACUCGAAUAACUCAAAUAUGUUUGUUUGUACAUUAUAUUAUAUAUUAUGAUAAAUAAUAUAAACCAUGAGAUGCAUCGGUUUAUGCAUUCUAAUCCAAUCUUUAAUAUAAACGUUUAUAAUUAUUAUUUCAGUCUAUAUAUUAUGUAAGUAACAUUUCGUUUUCUCUUUGGUUUUUCUUUUUCUUUCAAGCAAGUGCGAUUUUGAACCAUACAGGAUUAUUAUAUACUUAUUAGCAUAAGAUGUAUGAAUAAAUUAUUAAUUUUUAAAAUCUUUGUAAAUAGUAUCUUUUAUAUCGUUGAAGUUUGUAUUAUCAUAAAUACACAUUGUUAUUCUACGCAAAAAUAUCUAUUACUACUUAAAUUAUGUCAUUAUUAUGAGAAUAUAAAUAUAUUUCGUAUUUU